UUCACACGUUCACGCCCUUGCCAUAUCGUCAUUUGUGCUGCCGGGCCUUGCGGGCACACGAGUCCUCUCACGAUGCCUCCCAAAAGAGACAUCCGGGACUUCUUCAAACCAAAUCCUGAAUCGCCGCUUGUUGCUAACCCCGCGCCUUCCCAUUCUCCAGGCGGAACCGCGAAUCCCUUUACAUUAAAUGUGAAAGGAGAUGAAUCUUCAAUUGACCGGAAACCACUCCCCCAUCAGACGACCAACCCAAAUGAACGAACAAGCACAGCGGAGAAUGACUUUUCUACCAUUCCGAACGGCGUCCCACCCACGUCACAAACCUCGUUCAACUCCACCGGGAGCAAGAGGAGAAUAUCAGCGAGCGGUGAGGAGAUCAUUCUGGACUCGGACUCAGGCUCGAGCUCGGAUGAACUUGAGGAGCUCGAUCUCAGUUUCUUGAGGAAUGCUCCGACUUCCAGAGAUGAAGAUAAUUCGAAGACAACCAAAAAGUCCGAAUCUACACCUAUUACAAGAUCAGCCAUGUAUGCUAGAUCUCGCGAUGAUGAGCUACGCAAACCUUCGGAGAAAUAUACCAUGCCAAAGCCAACACUAAGUCGGCUUAUUCAGGCCGCACACAAUGAUUUCGAGAAGGAACUGAAGAUUGCCGCUGGCAGAGAGGAAGUUUCCCGACCACUUGAAGAGGAAGUAACCUCAAAUAUCGAAUUCAGUGAGGAGACAUUAGCUACCAUUGCACAUGAGGGCGGUGACGACGAGAAGUCGAAGCGCCUGUAUCUAGCUAUGCAGCGAACUAAUGCACACGACACCGCCUGCGUGUUCCAUCUCUUUCUAGAGCAACCUGUUCGCUCACGUCGAUCAGAGCCGUUCCCCUAUAAGUAUAUUUCCGCGUAUAGCUGGGCAGCGAGCUUUCAAGAUCCGUGGGAGAGACAACAUGCUUUCUUGAGUGGCUACGCGCAGCGUAUCUUUCAAUACACCACUUUACCACAAGAAUUAGCUGCUUGGCUAAUCGACCAGCUCUCUCUUGAGAGGGACGACGUCCUCAAAGACAAAUACCUACUGCUUCUUGAGGCUCACCCUCAUCACCUAGAAAGCCUGCUAAGUCCAAAACAGUUGAACCAUAUUUUUGAGCGCAUUGGGACAACCCUUGACUUCUCCGAUCCAUCUCAGGAGCUCCCAACGAGCUACGAAUCUCAAGAGAGUCCUGCCAGGCCAAUUCCUUCAUCUCUAAGGUGGAUUUUACGCUUGCUCCAAGUCUGUUCAAGGUGGCUUUCCCCUGAGUCGAGCGGUCACGCGCUUCUUAUCCUUAUUCACGCGUGUUUCGAUGAUAGUGUGAUGUCGGACGCAACAAUAUUGCAAAACGUUCAAGAUGCCAUCGAAUCAUUGAUGUGCUCCAUACUUGAGCUGACACCGAUUCUAGCAGACAUCGUUCCCUUGCUGCUCUUGCGCAUUACAAAUCCCAUUCUUCAGAGCAACUGUAUUCUUUCUCUCCCCGGAAAUUCCCCGUUGACAGCUUCCUUUCGACGGCACCUUGCCUUAGCGUUCCUCCUAAAUCCCACACCCCUCAACAUCCCUCUAUCUCAUCCGGAGCUUCCAAAGCUCAUCCACUCCCACCUAGACACCUCUAAAGAUUUCGUAGCCGACCGACACUCAGAUUACACGGCACUCGCUGCACGACUAAUCCUCCUUGACAUAGGCAUUGGCCCAGGUCUUAUCGAGGUACCUUUUCCCCGGCCACCAGAAUCGCUACAAGAGACUCCCCUCGUACCGAAACAAUCUACUCUGACCAUGGAGGAGACUGCAUUCAAUAAACACGUCGACGCACUCGCGCGGCACGUCAAGAUUAUCAGUAACAGUAUAAUAGAGACGGGUGCGCUCAGUGAUCCGGCACGAUCCGACGCGAAAUCAAGCGCCGAGAAGCUCUAUCACCGUCUUGGGAACGCUGUACGGAUCGGUGGACGCAAGAAGGAGCUCAUCUUCGGCGGAGACGAAGAAGAGGGAUCGAGGAGGAUCAUGGGAAGAUUCUUUAAUUGGGUUCGCACAAGCGAAUCAACCACACCUCAGACACCUGAAGACGAGGGUAGCACCACGAUUGUUGAUGGUCAAGGCCAGUCUUCGUGACACGAUGAAAACAUUUAGUCAGUGUGACGAAUUUACGAAUAUGAGAUCAGGGAGACCAUGGCGGCACAGCAUCAGCGUUGGCGUUCGAUACCACAUGUAUUGUCAUUGCAGAUAUCUUCUCACAUAUACACAAUAUAUUGCAG